CGAAUGUUUGUGAUGUGCGGGCUUUGAACAGCCGUCAGGUCAGGGUCUGGGCGGUUGUCUUCCCGUCUUCUGUUAUUACGUAUGCUUCGUUGCUAUGAAGCAUAAAUUAUCAACCUGUGAUCUCCCAUCAUCCUUUAAGCUUCGCAGGUUGGAAGGAGGAUGCUCACGAGUCCAUCAUAAAGGAAACUCAAUCAACUCCUUACUUGAUCUCAGUGCUAGAGUUGUAGCUGAAUAUCUACCGUUUGAAUAUGUGGAACGCAUGUUGGUUCACAUACCCGAACCUGUACAGGAAAAAAUAAUUUACUACUCCUUUCCACAAAGAGAUAGUGAUAUCUAUACGUACGCAUCCUUUCACUCAAAGACCGAUAAGACGCGUGACAAGAUUCCGUAUUAUCAGGGACUGGAAUAUUUUCAGAAUAACUGCGUGGAGAAUGUUAUUCAGAUCGGAUUUCACUUAACUGGGUCUGUACGACAACAGCCUACGACAUGCAUUUCCGAGACUGAGGGAAACAAAUUCAAAGUUUCAAUAACAUUCGAUAGAUGCAAAAUAAUAUCGGUUUGCUGUGACUGUGGUAAUAAGGGGUUGUCAUGGUGUCCCCAUGUUGUUGCUCUUGCCUUGUUCCGGAUAAGACAGCCUCAUCUUGUGGAUUAUCGUUCACCUAUUUCAGAUGCUUUGGUUCGAAUGAAUCGUAGUCAAUUGCAAAAAUUCGCUCAAUAUUUAAUUGCUUCACAUCCAAAUAAAAUUUUACCCAGUGCACAACAAUUAGCUGAUCAAUUACUUCAACCUGAAUCGAAUAUUAACAAAACAUCGGGUGCACCGGAUCCAACAGCCGGUGGUAGUCUACAAGAUGUUGCAGCAUGGUAUCUUGAUGAAAUUGGUGUACGUGAACAAUUACGCGUGGAAUUAACUAAUCUUGCUAGUAAUGGUUUAUAUGGAACAAAUUCUAAUUUAAAUUCUAAUUUACGUUUAUCAUCAACUUCUGGACGAUGUAAUUCACCAACCAAUAAUAUUUCAACAAUCAAUUCUAAUGGACAACAACAACAACAGAAUACUACUACUAACAACAGAUCAUCAUCAUCAUCAUCAUUUGUACAAAGAUCCAAUAGUUCCAAUCGAUCAUCACAUCCUAAUUCGUCCGGUUCACUUGGUAUUGCUGAUUCAGGCAUAGGACGUCAAAAUGAUCAUGAUUAUCAACAGUGUACAACUGAAGUUGGCUUAGAUUGGUUACUUAGAUAUCGUCGAUUAACAUUGAAUCAAAAUCUUCUUAUUGGUGGAACUAACAACACCAACAACAAUAGCCAUAAUAAUACUAUUUAUGAAACAAUACAUACAUGUAAUAAUUCUUACAUGUUACAUGGUUUAGAUUUAGCAUUUCAUCAUCAUCAUUAUCUACCAUCUUUAUCAAUGAAUCAUCAUCAGCAUCAUCAUCAUUCAGAAGCAUCGUCUAAUUCAAAUACUGCCUCUAGCGCCGCCGCCGCCGCUGCUGCUAAUAAUACUAAUCAUAGUAAUCAAAAUAAUAAUAAUAAUAAUAAUAAUAAUAAUGGUCGUCUUUAUUGUACAUCCACUUCACCAUUUCAUCUACAUCACAAUCAAUAUCAUUAUUGGCCUCAUUCAUCAUUCGAUACACAAUUUGAUUCGAGUUUUUUACAUCAUUGUCAUAAUCAAUUUAGUAAUAAUGUUAGUAGUAAUAAUAACAAUAGUGGAACACAAAUCCCUGCUAUGUUUGCUAAAGUUCGUGAAUUAUUAGCAAAACGUGAUUCAAAUGGUCCACGUUUAUUAAGUUUAAUCACGGAAGAAUUAUUGAAUUGUUCUAAAUUGCCACUAAUAAAAUCUAGACGUAAUCAACGCAAUACAACAAACGAUGUAGUAUCUAAUCGACUACAAACAAUUGCUACACCUCGUCUGUCUUCUCAUGGUCAACAAUCAUCAAAUGAGCGUCAAUACACCAAUGAGACAUUAACAACGAAUUCUGUUAAUAAUGCUACAUAUAAUCAUAAUUCAUCUAAUUUCAAUCAAUCUCCACCAUGGACUGUACGUUUAUGGGAAGAAGUUUGUCUACUAUGGACAUGUGUAGUUUUAAGUCCAGAUUGUAGUGUGGAAGCGAAACGACAAUGGCGUUAUCGAUUUUUAACCUGGGCACGUGCUAAUCGUUGUCCACGCGAUGAGUCCUAUGCAAUUCCUAGUCAUUUUCUUACAUCGAUACAUGAAUUAAACGACAUAGAUGAUGAUAAUGGUGUUGGACAAAAUCAACAAACCCAACAACAACAUCAACAGCAGCAGCAGCAACAACCAUCUUGUCAGCAAUCAUCAUCAUCGUCGACUCGUUCUUACAGACGUGCUUCAGUGUUUCGUUUACCAAUUGAAGCUAGUUAUAUGUCUUGGGAUGAUGUCUGGUGGAAUCAACUCCUGUCGAUUCAUGAUAUGAAAUUAGAUAAACACGAAUCAGAACCUAGUGAAGAUUUGAAUGCUGCUAGUCGACAUAAUCAUUCAACAAGCAUCAGUUUAGAUGAAAACAAUAAUGAUUGUAGUAGAAUAUUUCGACGACCGUCGUCAGUCACUCCGAGGCGAUCGAUCGGUUUCAAUAAUCGACCAUUCCCUCAGUCGAACACUUCACCAAGAGAAUGUCAAUGCCCUUAUUGUGAUUAUUCCGGACCAAUUAAUGAACCAUUCCCUUUAUUGUGUUUACGUGUAGCCGCAUUACGCACGAAUGGUUAUCUGAGUCAAGCAUUACAAUUGGCUGUGUUGAUUAGUCAACGUUUAUUGCGUUCAGUGAAAAUGAAAGCAUCAAUGGCUGCAACUUCAAUGCUCAGUACUAUUCAACGUAGUCCUCCACAAACAUCAUGGAAUAAUAAUAAUAUUAAUAAUAAUAAUAGUAAUAAUAAUGCUAAUAAUUGUCAUGAUAUUGUAGCACGUCGUUUAUUGUUCAAUACACCACCACAAUCGAAUAAUGGUCAAUUACUACGAGUUAAUAACAACAUGAAUUCACAUUAUGUAAUGCAUAAUUCUAGUGCACGAUAUUUAUCUUCAUCCAAUAUGCCUCCUUCUCCGUCAAUGUUACCAAAUCAUGGGAAAUUCUCACCGUCCAGUCGACUUACAUCACCUAGACCAGCAUCAUUAUCUCCUCCAGUGAAUGUGAAUCAUCAUUCACGUUCCAUCUCUACCAGACGACAUGGUCUCUCACCGAAUUCCAAUCCAAGUCCUGGUCCAUCUUGCCCAACUAAUCAUCAAUCAAUUAUCAUUAAUAAUAAUAGUAAUAAUAAUAAUAAUAAUAAUAACAGCAGUAGUAAUAAUAGUAGUAGUAAUAAUAACAAUAUCAAUAAUAAUAGUAAUAAUAAUUGUUGGUCUAAUCAACCAUCUUAUGUAUAUAAAUCACCUUCAUCAUGUCAACAAUAUGCCAAUCAAUCACAUCCGUUCAAUUCACCGCAUUGUUCACCUGUACCACCUGCAUCACACUCUCCUAUACCAUUUCAUAAUCCUUAUCAUCAACCGACACCUAUAACUCAUCAUCAACAUCAUUAUCAUAAGCAUGUACCUCAUUCAAAUUCACCUUAUCCAUCUUAUUCAUGUCUACCACCGCCGCCGCCGCCACCACCGCCUCACGGUGUCGGAGGUCCAGUUGGUUGUAACAAUGGUAGUAACGGUAACAUGAUGAUGAUGAUGAUGCAUCCUAGUCAUCAUCAUAAUCGUUCUUUGAAUUCUCCAACUCUCACCAAUAGAUCUAUGAAUGCAAGAUCAAUUCCUUCAUCUUAUUCAACUAAUAGUAAUGGUAAUAUGUUCGCCGGUGAAUUUUAUCCAUUCACCAAUGAAAUUGAUAUAAAUUGUGGUUUGAUUUCAACAAAUUGUCCUAGUCAUACAGAAAUUGGUUGGAUUGGUCUACCUGGUCGACCGAUAUUAUGUCUUGUUGAAUGUUUAUUAGAUGCAGCUGCAAUUGUUGUUGAAGCAGCCAAUCAUCAAGCUCCAUCAAUCGCCUUACCAUUAUGGGGUCAUAUGGAAAAAGCAUCAUUUUAUUUAUGCUUAGCGGUUAAAAUCAGUCUGUUAAGUUUAUUUCAACAACGACGUCUUGUCGGUUCAAUUAGUCGUUUAUUAGCUUGUCAACAUCAAGAAACACGUUUAUUAAGUUUAUUAAAUACCAUACCAAAAGAUAUGACUACAGCAUUGACAAUGUGUGAAAUUUUAUGUCAAUUACUAGGUCCACCUAUUCCAUCCUCUUUGUCGUCAAUACGUACAAUGAAUAAAUUUGAUUAUCAUUAUUCUUCUACAAAUGUAAAUGUAUUAAUGAAUUUUUGGUGGUGGUCAUCACUUGGUUUGAUUGUACACUCAGAUACGUAUCCAAUUCAUGCUGUUGCUGAAUUUGUAUUAAAUUAUUUAUUGGAUACACAAAAAAUUAAUCAAUUUGUUUCAUUCAAUACUUGUUGGACAUAUUCAUCAAAUAAUAAUAACAGUAAUAAUCAUAAUAAUUGUGGAAAUGGUAGUUGUAGUAGUACUACUCCUACUAAUAAUAGUAGUAACAAUACUACUACUACUAACAAUAGUAAUAAUAAUAUUCAUAAUAUUUCUUCAAUUCGUAUCGAUGAUAUGAUAUUCACAUUGGUUACAAGAGCAAUGCGAUUUUCUGUUCUUGAUAAUUAUCAUCCUUUAAUGGAUAAUCCAAGUACAAUGGGAACACAUUUAACACGAAGUAAUAGUUCGCCACAAUUAUUGAGUAAUAUUAAUAAUAAUAAUAAUAAUAAUAAUAAUAAUACAAAUGGUAUUCCUCAAAACUGUUUACAUUCUCAACGUAUAAAUUACAAUCAUCGAGGUUUUUGGGAUUAUUACAAUCACGCUAACAAUGGAGGUGUUGGCGGUGGCAACAGCAGCAGCAUCAACAGUGCCGGUGGUAAUGUAGAAACUGCACUUGCUGUCAAUACAGAAGUUAGUGAUCAAGAAUUCGGUCUAGCUGCACCGAUGGCACCGACAACGACCGCCGCUACAGCGUCAACACCAGCAACAACAACACUAACUGGGAAUAUGAUGGAUUCAUCAGUACAAUUCACUGGGAAUCAUAAUAAUAAUAUGUAUAUGAAUGCCAAUUAUGAUAAUCAUCAAAGAUAUGCACAUCCACCCAGUAAUCCAUUUCGAUGGGAUCAAUCACCGCAGCAGCAGCAGCAACAACAACAACAACAACCUGUUCCAGAUUAUGAUCGUUGUACAAUUUCUAUGCCCAGUGUAUCUGUCCCACCACUACCAUCUGUAUUCUCUAUGUCUACACAGAAUUGUUUGAAAUUUAAUAAUGGAUAUUUGAAUCCCUCAUGUAAUAAUAAUAAUAAUAGUAAUGGUAAUAAUAAUAAUAACAGCACUAACAAUCCAUCUGUUUAUCCAAUGUUCAAUUUACAAAAUCUUGACAGUAGUCGUUGGUUCACACCUCCACCGCCCCAGUCAUCAUCAUCAUCAGUGGUGACAUCACCACCAACCAUUGGACUACCAUCUCCUACUAUUAUGAAUAAUAAUAAUAACAGUAGUAAUAACAAUCAUAAUAAUAAUAUUUUAUCAUUAAAUCAAAAUCCACAAUAUCGUCGAUGCAUAGAAACAUUGAAAUCGCGUCAAACUCGACUAGCUGUUGCGCUGAUUCGUGUCUCUAAAUCACAUAUUCAUCGAUUAGAUCAAAUUGUACAAAUUUGUGAUCAAAAUAUUCACUCGGCUGUUAGUUUAUUGGCUAUUUCUCAACAGGUAUUUGCUGAAGCAGUUGGUUGGAAAUUCAGAUCAUCAAUUAAUCGUAAACCUAAUAAUACUACUACUAAUUUAUUAGACACUGUCUACAUUGAAUGUGAUUGUUUGUUAAAUUCCAAUACUUCAUCUAGUUUAAUCUUACCAACCACAACAAAUUCCACUAAUGAACCAUUUCAUUAUACACGUGAUCGUAUAUUCCUUAUUAGUACAGCAUUUCAUAUAGCUUUAAUUGUUGUCCUACGUACAUUGAAUCGUUCGGUUGUAGUACAUUGGCGUCGACGUGAAAUAUUAGCAUGGGCAGUAACUACUGCUUUACAUGUUGGUCCAUCCGCUUGUUUAUAUCUAAUCUAUCAUUGGUCAUCUUAUGUGAAUCCAAGAGAAGCUGUUAGUUGGCUAGCUCCUGCAUUACUUACUGCUGUUGAUAGUAGUAAUGGUGGUGGUGCAUUCGAUGUCAAUAAUACAUCAUCCAUUCUAAUGAAUCAUCCUCAUCAUCAUCAUCAACAUGCAUCGAAAUCUUUAUCAACCAAUAAAAUUGGUUGUUCCAAUGCUACUUCUACUAAUACUACCGCUACUCCUACUAUUCCUGAUCAAUCGAAUCGACCAUUGAUUGAUAAUCCAAUGUGUUGCUUUGAUCAUUCCUCGUCGUUAUUUUUCAAUUGGGAUGAAGAUUGUUUGAAUAAUGCUGGUAAUGGUAAUAGUAGUAGUAGCAGUAGUAAUGCUAAUAAUAAUCAUACUGGUACUGGUCUAAUAAUGAAUGGAUCGUCAGAUAUCAAUCCUUAUUCUCUAUGGCCUCCUACUACAUGUUAUUCAUUUUGUCCAACAUCAUUCACCACAAGAAAUCAUAGUCAUUCAAUUAUAAUGGCAGCACAAUUAUUGAAUACUGCAGUGCCUUAUUCCAAAGUAUCACGUGAACAAAUUACAAAUGCUGUACGACAUAUGGCAUUGCAAGCUGCUGCAAAAGAUCCAAUUCAUUGUGCAUUACCUGCAUUAAAUUUAUCCGUCAAAGAUCCAAUAGCUUUUGAUGCAAUCUAUCGUCUUGUAUUGAACUCCGCUGAAUCUGGUGGUCUUGGACCAAUUCAAUUAUUCUCAUUAGCACGUUAUAUGGAUAAUUGUGGUUGGACAUGGAGAGCAUUUCCUUUUGCAUUACAUGCUACACGAUUGUUUGUUUUAUCAACAACACAGGAAAGUCAUCCAGUUGGUAAUGAUGUAUUAUGGGCAUGUUUACUGGGACAUCGACUUGGUCCAGGAGCAUUACAAGAAAUAUUAAAUCAUGUUAUACGUAAUAUACAUUGUCCAACAUUAUUAACUGAUAUAUUACAUCGUUGUCGAUCGAUACCAUGUGGAAUAAAUGUGAAUUUAACCAAUUCUAAUAAUAAUAACAGUAAUAAUUCAAUGGACUCAUCGUUAUCAUCAUCCUCAUCAUUACUUAUGAUGAAUAACAAUAACAACAACAACAUGGCAAUGAAUUCAAUACCAUCAACUAUUGGACGAGGCAAUUCAUGUACAACACACUUUUGCAAUCCAACAUCCUAUUACAUUCACAAUAGUAGUAAUAAUAAUAAUAAUAACAAUAACAAUAAUAGUACCGGUGCGUCGUCAGGUUGUCCAGGUAAAAUGCUCAGUUUAGAUCGUCCACCGCUGAAAGGAUUAUUAGAUGCAGCUAUUAAUGGUUUUGUGAUGGCUACACAUAUGCGAUUAGCUAAUAUAAGUCCACGUCAAUACACGGAAUUUGUGGAUUUUUUAACACGUGCCAGAGAUACAUUUCAUUUAUUGCGGCCAGAUGGACCAUUACAAUUUCGUAGUUUAGUUGAAUGUUUAAGACAAACUUAUCGUGGAAAACGUAAAUUAGUCGCAUUAUUAUCUGAACGAUUUGGUUGAUUGAUUGAUUGAUGAACAAGUACAAUACAGUUAUUUCAAGCUAUAUGUAUAAAAAAAAAUAUUUUUGAUUUACUUUUGUCUGUCUACACAAGCUAAAACACACAUACACACACACGCAAAUACAAUGAACAAACUGAUUGUCGAUUGCAUCACAACUAAUAAUUACUACUACUGCUACUGAUUGAUAAAAUCAAGUGAGAAACACGCAGCAAUGAAAGAAAAACUAACUGACUGACAUGUUACAUACACACACUCACACAUACAUAUAUAUAUGAAUUUAUAUUUAUACUACUGACUACUCUACUAUAUCCACCACUCUUAUUUGCUUCAAUUUUGUAUGAAAGAAUUAGAAAUAUACAUAUUACAUAAUUUGUGGAUUAUGUAAAAAGAGAUUACAUCAUCUUUUGUUUUGUUU